UGCACUCUGGGAGUUGUAGUUUACACAGGCCGUGCCAGGUUGUUGCCUGACGUCUGGACGAGCAUUAUACAUGAGGAUCUCUGCAGAGGGAAGUCCAUCAUAGACAUGAAAAUAGAGGCCAGACGUGCUUGAGAUUUUGGAAACAUGUCCAAGAAAAGGGGCAGGAAGCGCAGCAGCGGCGAGCUGAGCGACAGUCUCACCCCAGAUCCCAACAACCUGCUGGGCCGACGGAUCCAACACAGCUGGAGGGAGAAGGGUGCGCUGACCAAGUGGAAAGGCACCGUGCUGGACCGCCUCAGCGUCAACUCCUCCCUAUUCAUGGUCAAGUACGACGGUUUCGAUUGCGUCUAUGGCAUCGAGCUCUUUAAAGAUGAGAGGGUCUCUAACCUGCAAGUUCUCACAGAGAAAGUGGUGAACAACAAGAUCAAGGUUCCUCAUGACGCAGAGGAGCUGGUGGGAAAAGCCGUGGAGCAUCUGUUUGAGAAGGAGGACGGUGAGAAGAACGAGUGGAGGGGGAUGGUCCUGUCCCGAGCGCCCAUCAUGACCAACUGGUACUACAUCACAUACGAGAAAGACCCUGUGCUCUACAUGUACCAGCUCUGGGACGACUACAAAGACGGAGACCUCCGGAUUUUACCUGAAGCGGAAAAUAAACACCUGCUGCCCGCAGACAGGAAGCCCGGCGAGGAAACAGAGAGCCUUGUGGGUAAGCAGGUGGAGUAUGUGACGGAUAAAGGAGUGAAGAGAACAGGCCUCGUCAUCUAUCAAGUUCCCGCCAAGCCGUCUGUCUACUACAUCAAAUACGAUGACGAUUUCCACAUCCACGUGUACGACCUGGUCAAGACCACCUAAAAGAAACACAGACAAAACAAAGAAAACCGAAACAAACCCACUGCUUCACCUCUUCGUAGCUUAUGUAUCAUCGCCUCUCAUUGUACAGUCUGCCAUGCCGCGCCAUGAAGGGCUGGCCUCGGAGGUACUGUAUGAAGCGUCCGUGUACAGGGUUUGUUCUUUUGAGUUGAUGUCAUUGUCCACAGCUUAGGGAGACGAUUUUUACAAUUGUCAUGUCAAAAGAGUGUAUUUAUACGUGUGAGUUGGCCAUCAUUUGGUAUGUUUAUAAUCCUUUGGAAUAACCCGUAAGCCCCGGAAAAGGUCAAUCUCGUCACAUUUUCGAGAUUUGGUGAGACUGCGAAGGAGUUUCUUGGUUUUGAAUUGUAAAUAGUUCUGGUCAAAAAAAAAAACAAAACAAAAAAAAAAAACAAAUGAAAGAGACAUUUGAUUACAAAUGAAACUCUCUAACUGACCUAUUUAUGUAUUAAUAUGCUUCAUAACAAAUGUUUGCUCUCAGAAACGCAGUUUGAGUUGGCGUUAUGUAAUGCAUAGUGUCGCCUAUUUUAGUUGCGUUUUCCCCCAAAUCAGAUCAGAUCUGCAACGAGUCAGAAGAGUUUCUGCUUUCCGCCACCUUUAAAAGGUGCUCUUUGAUUUUUGAAAGUGAAAAUCCAGUAAGUAAAAGCACCGAACUAAGACUAUAUCUUGUUUUGAACGGAUGUAGCAUAGAGGAAGCACUAUUGACAUGUUUCUGAAAUGGUUUUCUGUAGUGAUUUAACCUCAGAGGAGUAUUAAAUGACUAAAGCGGUGGCACUGAGCGACGCCAGGUCCCGUCUUGUAGCAUCAAAAUGCUCUACGAAUAGGGUUGCCCGUUUCCUGUGUGAAAUCCUUUGUGUUUUGUUACACAUUUGUUUUGUUGAUGACUAGAACACCAAGCCACAUACUACAGCUGCGAUUUUGAAUGUCAAGCAUAGCAAAAAUAAAACCAGUCUCCUUUUUUUUUUUUUUUAGUAGGAUGACCAAUGCAAUUAGAUAUGACAAUGCAUAGCAGUUUGAAUAUGUUUUAAUUGAUGAACAAUCACUUUUUGCAAAAACAAGAGUUUAUGUUGCAUAGCCCAGUCUGAUUUGAUGUUGAAUAGGCCUUGGUUUAGUAAAACAUGAAUCCAAUCCAGCAGGCUGGAUAGACCUGUUAGACCUCUACAAACAUCAUAAUGUCUUCUCCAUUGCCUUACUGUGAAUUAAAGGCAGGUCUGAAAUGAUGAGAAGCUCAAAUUCACCUCAUGUUAUUGUCCCAGCUGAUCUGAGCAGAGCUAUUUUUGUUCUUUUUCUUGACUUCAGAUAAGUUUCCCCUUGUGCACGACUCUGUGUGAGCUUUAUCAUCAGCCCCUUUAAAGUGAUAAAACAGCAAAACUUUAAAUGUCUUUUGUGACUAUUUCUUGCUAUUCUUACUUUUUGCAUUGCUUCACGUUUUGUUGUAUAUAAUGCACAUGAGCAAGUUCAUGUAGCUGAUUUGGCCUUUUUUUUUGUGCUUGUAGUAUUUGCACUUUAUUCUUAAGCUGUCAAGCAUUGCUCCAAUGUGUCUCGCAGGAAGUUAAAGAUUAAAAAACAGUGUGUGAAAUUAAUUUAGUUGAUUUCAGUUACAAAAAACAACAAAAGAGUAUAUAUGGAGUGUCUUACUGAUUGGCAUUACCAAAAUUAAAUAUACAUGAAAGAUUGUUUGAAAGCGUUAACAUAAUUUAUUUAAAUUGAAAUUGCAUUUGUUGGUUUUUAAUAUGACCAUAGGUUGCAAAGAAACUACUUAAUUUUUAUGCAGAUUAUAAUAUUUUAUAUUUUAGUCCAACACAAUAUUCUUUUUUUUUGUUUUUUGCAAAUUAAUUUGAUUUAUUCGAUCACACCAAAUUUAACCACUGCUUACAAUAGAUCUGUACAUAAAUGAAUUUGGUUAUGUAAAUGUAAUGCAAAGAAAUGAGGAUUUCAUAUGUAAAUGUUGGAUGUUCAGCGCUUCUCUCUGAUUGGGUGUUUGCUGAUCUCGACUCAUUUUCCUGCUGUGGUUUGCAUGUGGUUAUUAUCAUCUCUCGGACAGGUUUUUAAAUUUUUCCAGUACAUUAGCACUUCGCACAGAUUCAUCAGUUGUUUAUUGUGCAGUUUUAUUCUUGUUAGAUAUUCAGUAUGUCAUUAUCAAAAACACACAGCAUGUUCAUUUUUUUGGAAAAGAUAAAUUGUUUGUUUGUCCUUACGCCAGUAAAUCUUUUGGGCAACCCAAUUUGGGAUUACGGGAAAGUAUUGUUCAGUCAAAUGCACAUUUCUCUAAAUGAUUUGUUCAACUUUCAGCUGUGGAUAUGGAUUGAGUUUCCAGGUCCGUUUGCUAUGACAUCAGGUGGAAUAUUUUCUGUAUAUUCUCCGUUGUGCUUUAAAAACAUUUGUACUAUAUUUCUGCUUUCCCUGUAGACAAAAAGUUUUGAUGAUUUCAAGCUGUUCAAAAUGUUCAAGGUUUCACGACACUCAACAGGCUUCUGCGGUUUUUCUUUCUCCUAACUGUGAACGAGUAAUUCUCUCUCUGGCUUCUUUGUAACUGUGUUUUAUUGUGUGGUCCGCCAGCUUCUGCCGGUUCCUCUGGUUCUUCUAUUUAAUCUGUUCUUUUGCUGCUUUUUUACCAAAGUUAGGUUUCAGUAGGUGACGUUGAGGAGUGUCAAACUAUUCAUCCUGUCUGUUUGUUUGAUGUUAUCGUAAAUAAUAAAAGAGAUAUUUUUUGCACUGAAAA